AUGGAAGACAACGCCCUUCCCUGGAGCCUUGACAGAGUUGAAUCUUUGAUAUCGUCCCUCUAUGAGCCGGGUGACCCCGAUGCCAUUGCCAAAGCCCAGGCUCUGCUAGCAGCUUUCCAAUCUACGCCGCAGGCCUGGGCUUUAGCCCAUGAGCUGCUUAGGAAACCUGAUGAGAAGGGCAGAUUUUUUGGCGCCCUCACAAUCAUUGUCAAACUGAACAAGGAGAGGCAUGCUUUACCUUAUGCUCCAGGCACUGUCAGUUGGCCAAGGCUAAUCGUUUGUCACAGCUCUUUACUUAGCGAGGAAAAUGCUCAAGAGUUAUUGGAACAUCUCAUUGGGUGGUAUGGAGAUUCUUUUGACAGCUCAAAUGGCCCCUUGGUGCCACGCAAACUGUCAGCGGCCCUCGCAACCUUCUUCCUUCACUUCCAUCAUCUAUGGCCGAGAUUUAUCCGUCAUGUUACCAUAUGUCUGAUCUCAGGGAAGUAUUGUGACCCGUUCUCCAUACCGUCUUCUGUCGACAUUGCAUCUCUCUUCGAUAGACUCGACCCAGUAAAAUUAAAGGCUGUAUUAUGGGUCGUCACGAGCAUAAUGGAAGAUGUGGUCCGAGUUGACUGGAACACAGGGAGCAGGUUAAAUAUGUACGACUCCGUUGUCCUAGAAGUUUCGGAUGCAACAGCACUAUUAGCCAAUGGCCUGACCGAGUCUCAACCCAGUGAGGUUGGCAAUGACAGUAUGAAGUGUCUCCAGUCGUGGAUUUUCUUUGCUCAGAAAAUUUCGUCCCGUGACAAUCACGUCGUCUCACAUCUUAGAGACCUGAUGGCUAGCGUCAUUGAGUCACUCACUUCGAACUAUCGCUUCGAUACCUCGGCUGAAUUACUCGUAGAUGUUUUAUCUACCUACCCGGCAUUGCUAUCAGAUGACCAUUUUAACCUGUUGGCAACCCUUUUGGUCAGUCCCUGGGCUGAUGAACGGUACAGGUGUCUGUUGCAACCAGACAGGGGGUUCGAUUCGGUUCUAUUUGGGCAGCUCCUACUCGCAUUUGGCGAAGAAAAGUGCCAGUGGCUAAUGCAGUCUGAUGAUCCCCGCAGCAGAGCCUUGCUUUCUAAGUUAUGCGGAUUGCUUGGCUCCGACGGCUAUCCGGCAACUGAAAAUAGUAUAUUUGUCCCGGCAGUGGAAUUCUGGUCGACCUUCACCGAAAACAUGUCCGACGUCGUCCACUUGGAUAAUCCUUCUCGCACACCUUGGGCAGAUGCGGCGCUGCUUCACGUUCAAGAAGCAGUUUCGAUGGCGUGCCACAAGAUCACUUAUCCUCCAUCAGCAGAGUUAAGUCAAUGGGACGCAUCCGACCGUAGCGGGUUCUCUGACGCUCGAAAGGACGUUAUUGACCUAUUACAGUCAGCAUAUGCCUUAUGCGGCCAUCAGCUGGUAUCUACAUUUUCUGGUCUUAUUCUUUCCGCGGUAGACGAUUCUGCUUGGCUACAGUUGGAAACUGCCGCCUUCUGCCUUGCAGGUCUCUCAGACUGUGCCACGGACGACUCACGGCUUGACCAAGCCCUCAAAACAGUAUUUGGAUCUUCUUUGUUCUCCAUCCUCUCAUCCCCCGACAAUGACAUACCUGUAAGAACAAAGCAGACAUGCCUCCACCUGGUAGAACAAUAUACGGAAUACUUCGAAAGAAAUAUCCCCUCUCUCGCUCCUGCAUUGAGGCUCUUAUUCACUAUGCUAGGAAAUUCAUCCAUGGUAGCUUCAGCAUCAAGGACAAUUCUUCGUCUAUGCUCUUCCUGCCGAUACCACCUCCAUUCGGAGGCGUACGGGUUUCUUCAUGAGUUUCAAGCCUUGGUUGAGCGGCAAGUACUUGACUGUAUAUCAUCUGAGAGAAUACUUGCUUCCAUUGCAUCAAUUGCCCAAGCCGUUCCCGACGCUCAUCGCAAAUAUACCACAUGCUCGAAGCUACUUGAAUUUAUUGAAGAUGAUAGCGCUUGUGCGAAGCAAUUAGCUCAGCUCCAGCCAUCCACGAAAGUGCCAUGUUACAGCCAGCGAUGCAUGGAAAAUUCAGCGGAUGAGUCACCUGGACUACACAUCGCGUUGAAGACUCUCAGAUGUCUAAUUGGCGUUGGGAAGGGUUUUCAAUCCCCGACAGAAUCCGCUAUUGAUCUUGACGUGGGCAAAGCUUCGUUCAUUGGAUAUGACGGUCAGUUGGAGAGGCUGCACAAGCAGAUAAUGAAAAUAAUCAUGGAUAUCGAAGCUGCUUUUGGUUCGAAUACUGAAAUUUCCGAACUUGUCUGCGCCGUCCUUCGAUGCGGCUUUUCAGAGAGCGAGCCAGGACCCUUUGUGCUGGGCUUAGAAGAUGUUACCUGCUUCUUGGUGCAUCACAACGAGCAUGUUCCCCGGCCCGGCCUUUUUGUGUCGGCCGCUUGCUCAUUUUUAAGCUCUUUACAUUUACGGGGCAAACCUGACAUACAGGAGUUGUAUACAGCGUUACUGCUAUGGGUGGUACGGUUGCUCCGACAAUUACCUAACCCAGAGCACGACCCGGAGUUAUCUCAAAAUAGUAUCGACUUCGUCUGUCGCUUACUGGCGAAAAGUCCAACUACUCUACUCGCCCUGCAGCCUGCAACUGAAGCCGAAUUCUUCUUUCUUUUCACAAUUCAAGUUCUUGACGGCAGUGAACCGUUACCUAAAGGUGCUGCGGCGGAAUUCUGGGCAACAUUCACGGCACUGAAGAGCGACCAGUCAGGGGUAUCAGACGCCACAAAACAGGCCAUGGAGACUCUUGGUCCACUCCUAUGCCAGAGCCUUGCCAGGAAUGUUGGUGGCCGGGCCUCGAGAAGCGAACUCGAUAAGCUGAGUGAACCGAUCAAGAGGUUGCUAAGUCGCUACCCACUAGCAAAAGAAUGGCUCGAAGCUGGACUCAAUCACUCUUCAUUCCCAAGUGGGAAGGUUACGUUGGAACAGAAAGCCUUGUUUGUGAAGAAGCUGGUGAGCCUGAGGGGGUCCCGAGCUACAAACCAAAUCGUGCGUGAUUUUUGGCUAUCUUCUCGUGGUAGUAACUUUGCCUACGCUUCUUAG